UCUCUUCCUCAUCACCUCCAUCUUUCGGUGCCGCAUGCCUCUGUGCUUAAUGGAGCAGGCUCGUUCCCGUAGAUGCUGGCUUUUGUGAGAGGGGUGCGGUUUUUGCGGCCCGUGCGGUUGUUGGUUUGCGGACGGAGCGCAACUGCCGGCGCGAGCGGAGCAGCGAUAAGUUGAGAACAUGAAUCAGGAAAAACUGGCAAAACUUCAAGCCCAGGUGCGGAUAGGAGGAAAGGGCACUGCACGCAGGAAGAAGAAGGUGGUUCACAGAACUGCAACAGCUGAUGACAAAAAGCUUCAGAGUUCACUGAAGAAGUUUGCUGUCAACAACAUUGCUGGAAUUGAGGAGGUGAACAUGAUCAAGGAUGACGGGACUGUGAUUCACUUUAACAACCCCAAAGUUCAGGCCUCUCUAUCUGCCAACACCUUUGCGAUCACCGGCCACGCUGAGACCAAACAGAUGACAGAGAUGCUGCCCGCCAUCCUCAGUCAGCUUGGAGCAGACAGCCUCAGCAGCCUGCGCAAGCUCGCAGAACAGUUCCCUCGGCAAGCUCUUGAAAGCAAGGCUCCAAAGCCAGAGGACAUUGAGGAAGAGGAUGAUGAUGUGCCAGAUCUCGUGGAGAACUUUGACGAAGCAUCGAAGAACGAGGCAAACUGACAGAAAAAUUCACUGGACUGAGGUGGAGCCUCCAUCUGUCUGUUUGAGUGUAGUGAUCCGGGCAUAUCAGACACUCUCCAAAUAUAUCCCACAGACUGUUACGUGUUCCCAUGACCUACACAUGUCUGAGUCGCACACUAGCACUACUAGGUUGUGUAUUUAAAAAAGAGAGAGAGAGAAAAGAAUAAGAACCCAACGCUCAUCUAAACGGUGAAUCUCUUCCACACUGUCGUUCAUUAUCGGAUUACUGUGGUCUUUAAAGCCAGUCUUAAGAGAUUUUUUUUGUGUUUUGUUUAUGAAACAAAAAAGACGUUUAACAUUUUUUUAAACGAUGCUGUGAUCAUUGACUGAAUGUUCUGAAUGUUUUUAUCAAUAAAUCAAAGAAUUGUG